AAGGAACUUGAAAUUCGAACAAAAUCCAGUCCCCUGGGUUUUGUGUAGCGGUAAAGCGAUGUAAACACAGUUAUCUUUCGUUGCACGCUCAGACGAAUUCGUUUCCAUAAUGUGUAUACGUUUGAAACGUACUACUCGCUAAUUGUCAUCAUUUUUAAAGCAAACUUUGCGUGUAAUACCGUUACCGAGUGAGUAGCCACGCUCGUGGGAGUGACUCUCGAUUCAGAAACCGUUUAAGCUAUCGCAAACUAGCGAUCAGUCGCUAUCCUCAAAAUGUUGGCUCUGGAAAUGUUGGCCAUUGCUCUUACGUCGAUAACAUUAGUGUCGGGACAACAACCGGUCUCUGGGAAAGAGUUCUUGAUGGAAGAAACUACCAUUUCAGGAGAAUACUUGAAAGCACCUCGAAUCGACUCUCAGUCGCAACGUGAAGGAAAAUUUUUCCCGUUAUUCAGUGUGGUGAGAUUUGCCAAUAACGAAUGUUCGGGAAGCAACAAUUUUCAAGGUACUUGUUUCACCGCAAACGAGUGCAAGAAUUACGGGGGAACGUCUUAUGGAACGUGUGCUGGCAACUUAGGAGUAUGUUGCGUUUUUCGAAAAUCUUGUGGAACAACGACCAAUAUGAACAACACGUAUUUCGUCAAUCCCGACUAUCCAAUGACAUAUUCAGGUGGUGAAACAUGCACACUCGAAGUGUUUCGUUGCAAUUCUGAUAUUUGCCAGCUGCGAAUAGACUUUUUGGACUUGAGUCUUGCUCAACCGAACGCGAAUGGUGUUUGCGAUCAAGAUUUUCUUCUAAUUUCGCGAGGCUCCACGACAGUGCCAAGGAUUUGUGGUGAAAACUCGAAUCAACAUGUUUAUGUGGACUUCAACGGUGCGAAUUCGAUAAGUGUAUCAUUGGUCACUAACAGCGACUUCUCGAUGGCCCGUCGUUGGAAUUUGAGAAUUCAACAAAUCGCGUGCGAUUCACCUUGGCGGGCUCCGCUCAGCUGUCUUCAGUAUUACAAGACUAUUGACGGGACUGUCAGCAGUUUUAAUUAUGGCACAGUGUCGAACCCACGCGUUUUGGCUAUGCUCGGGAGUACGAUGGGUACGCGACAGAUGCAAAACCUCAAUUACGGUGUCUGCGUCCGAAUGGCUGCGGGAUAUUGCACGAUCGAAUGGUCGCAGUCGGAUUCACUUUCCUUUGCGAUUUCCGGCGACACCGGAGUCCUCGAUCCGACUGCCGGAACUGAUUUCGCUGUAUCCGGUAUGGAUUGCGAUCACAAUUUCGUUGUUAUUCCAAAUCCCUCGGUUUCCGGCGUCCCCGUUAACGUUGAUCGAUUUUGUGGCAAUGGAUUUGUCACGACGACCUCGAGCUCCAAGCCUUUCGUUAUGUACGUUGUGACGAACCCCGGAGCAGCGUCAGCAGCCAACGACUUUGAGAACCGGGGAUUCAUACUCAAAUAUCGUCAGAUACCGUGCAGUCUUUGAGAAUUCGACAAGGUAGAUCUCU